UGCGCGUCAUUCGAAGUUACGUUCAUCCUUCUCGCUCUGGUUGUGGAGAGAGAGGGAGAACUGUUGCUGUUUGCUGUUCAACCUUCUCACAACCAUGUCUCAAGUAUUACCUAUUCGUUUUCAGGAGCACUGCCAGCUUCAAAAUGUUGGCAUCAACGCCGCCAACAUUGGCUUUGCCACUCUCACCAUGGAGUCGGACAAGUACAUUUGUGUCCGCGAGAAAGUUGGCGAGACGGCUCAGGUCGUCAUCGUUGACAUGGCUGACCCUGGAAACCCCACCAGACGUCCCAUCUCGGCUGACUCCGCUAUCAUGAACCCGGCGUCCAAGGUGAUCGCCCUGAAGGCUGGAAAGACCCUUCAGAUCUUCAAUAUUGAAAUGAAGAGCAAGAUGAAGGCGUACAACGCCCCUGACGAUGUCGUCUUCUGGAAGUGGAUUUCUGUCAACACCAUCGCUCUGGUCACCGAGGUGGCUGUCUACCAUUGGUCGAUGGAGGGUGCAUCUGAGCCAGUGAAGAUGUUCGAGCGCCAUGCCAACCUGGCUGGCUGCCAGAUCAUCAACUACCGCACUGACAAGGAGCAGAAGUGGCUCUUGCUGGUCGGAAUCACUGCUCAGUCGCAGCGUGUUGUCGGUGCCAUGCAGCUCUACUCGGUCGAGCGCAAGGUCAGCCAGCCCAUCGAGGGCCACGCCGCCAGCUUUGCCCAGUUCAAGAUGCAGGGUAACUCCACCGAGUCCACGCUCUUCUGCUUCGCCGUGCGCACCGCCACCGGUGGAAAGCUUCAUGUCAUUGAAGUCGGUUCCCCAGCGGCCGGCAACCAGCCAUUCACCAAGAAGGCCGUCGACGUCUUCUUCCCACCGGAGGCCCAAAAUGAUUUCCCGGUUGCCAUGCAGGCCAGUGCUAAGCACGAUGUGGUGUUCAUGAUCACCAAGUACGGCUAUGUUCACCUGUACGACUUGGAGACCGGCACCUGCAUCUACAUGAACCGCAUCAGCGGCGACACCAUCUUCGUCACUGCCUUCUACGAGCCUACCAGCGGUAUCAUCGGUGUCAACCGCAAGGGACAGGUUCUGUCUGUGUCAGUCGAUGAGGCUAACAUCAUCCCGUACAUCACAAACACACUGCAAAACCCCGACCUGGCUUUGCGGAUGGCGGUGCGCAACAACCUGGCUGGUGCAGAGGACCUGUUUGUGCGCAAGUUCAACAUGCUCUUUGGCCAGAUGCAGUACUCUGAAGCUGCCAAGGUGGCCGCAGCAGCUCCCCAGGGUGUUCUGCGUACAUCUCAGACCAUCCAGCGCUUCCAGGGUGUGCCUACGCAGCCUGGCCAGACAUCGCCGCUGCUCCAGUACUUUGGCAUCCUGCUCGAGCAGGGACAGCUCAACAAGUACGAGUCUCUCGAACUCUGCCGCCCAGUCCUGCAGCAGGGUCGCAAGCAGCUGCUGGAGAAGUGGCUGAAGGAGGACAAGCUGGAGUGCAGUGAGGAGCUUGGUGACCUCGUCAAGCAGGCCGACCCCACGUUGGCCCUGUCGGUGUACCUGCGCGCCAAUGUGCCCGCGAAAGUGAUCCAGUGCUUUGCCGAGACUGGCCAGUUCCAGAAGAUUGUGCUCUACGCCAAGAAGGUCAACUACACGCCCGACUACGUGUUCAUCCUGCGCAACGUCAUGCGCAUCAACCCCGACCAGGGCCUGCAGUUCGCUCAGAUGCUGGUCCAGGACGACGAGCCUCUGGCUGACCUCAAUGCUAUUGUUGACGUGUUCGCCGAGUUCAACUUGGUGCAGCAGUGCACAUCGUUCCUGCUCGAUGCCCUCAAGAACAACCGUCCCGCUGAGGGUCCCCUGCAGACUCGCCUGCUGGAGAUGAACCUCAUGGCUGCACCACAGGUGGCCGAUGCCAUCCUGGGCAACCAGAUGUUCACGCACUACGAUCGCCAGCACAUCGCCCAGCUCUGCGAGCAAGCUGGCCUUCUGCAGCGCGCCAUUGAGCACUACCAGGACGCGUUUGACAUCAAGCGCGCUAUCGUGCACACGCACCUGCUCAACCCCGAGUGGCUGGUGAACUUCUUCGGCUCUCUUAGCGUGGAAGACAGCCUGGAGUGCAUCCGCACCAUGCUGUCGCACAACAUCCGACAGAACCUGCAGAUCUGCGUGCAGGUUUCCACCAAGUACCACGAGCAACUGGGCACCACGUCGCUCAUCGAGAUCUUCGAGUCCUUCAAGUCCUUUGAGGGCCUCUUCUACUUCCUCGGGUCGAUCGUCAACUUCAGCCAGGAGGCCGACGUGCACUUCAAGUACAUCCAGGCCGCCUGCAAGACUGGCCAGAUCAAGGAGGUCGAGCGCAUCUGCCGUGAGAGCAACUGCUACGAUGCCGAGCGCGUCAAGAACUUCCUCAAGGAAGCCAAGCUGACUGACCAGCUGCCACUGAUCAUCGUGUGCGACCGAUUUGACUUUGUGCACGACCUGGUGCUCUACUUGUACCGCAACAACCUCCAGAAGUACAUUGAGAUUUACGUGCAGAAGGUGAACCCACUGCGUCUGCCCGUCGUCGUCGGUGGCCUCUUGGAUGUUGACUGCGACGAGAGUAUCAUCAAGAGCCUCAUCAUGGCCGUGCGCGGAUCCUUCGACACCGACCAGCUUGUCGAGGAGGUUGAGAAGCGCAACCGCCUGAAGCUGCUCAUGCCAUGGCUGGAGUCUCGCAUCCACGACGGCGUCCAGGAGCCAGCCACGCACAACGCCCUCGCCAAGAUCUACAUCGACAGCAACAACAACCCGGAGCGCUUCCUGCGUGAGAACCAGUUCUACGACAGCCGUGUUGUCGGCAAGUACUGCGAAAAGCGCGACCCUCAUCUUGCUUGCGUUUCCUAUGAACGUGGACAGUGCGAUGAAGAGCUCAUCAAGUGCUGCAACGAGAACAGCUUGUUCAAGAGCGAGGCACGCUACCUGGUCCACCGCCAGGACGCCGACCUCUGGGCCCUGGUGCUCAUCGAGACCAACGAAUACCGCCGCCCUCUCAUCGACCAGGUUGUCCAGACCGCAUUGAGCGAGACACAGAACCCUGAUGAGGUGUCGACCACCGUCAAGGCCUUCAUGACCGCCGACCUGCCCAACGAACUCAUCGAGCUCCUGGAGAAGAUCGUUCUUGACAACACGCUGUUCUCCGAGCACCGCAACCUCCAGAACUUGCUCAUCCUGACCGCCAUCAAGGCCGACCGCACGCGCGUCAUGGAGUACAUCACACGCCUGGACAACUACGACGCUCCCGACGUUGCCAACAUUGCCAUCAGCAACGAGCUGUACGAGGAGGCCUUUGCCAUCUUCCGCAAGUUUGAUGUCAACACAUCUGCCAUCCAGGUGUUGAUUGAGCGCAUUGGCAACUUGGACCGUGCGUACGAGUACGCUGAGCGUUGCAACCAGAGUGAUGUCUGGAGCCAGCUUGCCAAGGCCCAGCUUCAUGCUAACAUGGUCAAGGAAGCCAUCGACUCCUACAUCAAGGCUGAUGACCCCUCCACCUACAUUGAGGUCAUCGAGAUCUCCGGCAACUCCGGCAACUACGAGGAUUUGGUGCGCUACUUGAACAUGGCGCGCAAGAAGACCCGUGAGGUUCUGAUUGAGACUGAGCUUGUCUUUGCCUUUGCCAAGACCGGUCGUCUUGCCGAGCUCGAAGAGUUCGUCAAUGGUCCCAACCAUGCCCAAAUCCAACAGGUCGGUGACCGCUGCUACGAUGCACAACUGUACGAGGCUGCCAAGAUCCUUUUCAACAACGUCAGCAACUUUGCCCGCCUGGCCUCUACUUUGGUGCACCUGGGCGAAUACCAGAACGCCGUUGAUGGAGCCCGCAAGGCCAACAGCACUCGCACAUGGAAGGAGGUGUGCUUUGCUUGCGUUGACGGUGGCGAGUUCCGUCUGGCCCAGAUGUGCGGUCUGCACAUCGUGGUGCACGCCGACGAGCUGGAGGAGCUCAUCCGCUACUACGAGGCGCGCGGCCACUUUGACGAGCUGAUCGCGCUGCUGGAGGCCGCACUCGGUCUGGAGCGCGCGCAUAUGGGCAUGUUCACCGAGCUGGCCAUCCUCUACAGCAAGUACAAGACGUCCAAGAUGCGCGAGCAUCUGGAGCUCUUCUGGUCGCGCGUCAACAUCCCCAAGGUGCUGCGUGCCGCUGAGCAGGCCCACCUCUGGUCCGAGCUGGUCUUCCUGUACGACAAGUACGAGGAGUACGACAACGCCAUCACCACCAUGAUGCAGCACCCCGUGGACGCCUGGAGGGAGGCACAGUUCAAGGACAUUAUCACCAAGGUUGCCAACAUUGAGCUGUAUUACCGUGCUCUGAGCUUCUACCUGGAGAUCAAGCCAAUGCUGCUCAACGAUCUGCUGCUGGUGCUCGUGCCGCGUCUCGAUCAUAACCGCACCAUCAACUACUUCAGCAAGCGCAGCCGCCUUCUCCUGGUUAAGCCCUACAUGCGCGCCGUGCAGUCACUCAACAGCAAGGCUGUCAACGAGGCUCUCAACCAGGUUCUCAUCGAGGAGGAGGACUACCAGAGCCUGCGUGCCAGCAUCGACGCCUACGACAACUUCGACAACAUCAACCUGGCCCAGCAGUUGGAGCGCCACGAGCUGAUUGAGUUCCGCCGCAUUUCCGCCUACCUGUACCGCGGCAACAACCGCUGGCAGCAGGCCACCGAGCUGUGCAAGCGCGACCAUCUCUACAAGGAUGCCAUGCAAUACGCAUCCGACUCGCGCAACACCGAGAUUGCCGAGGGUCUGCUCGCCUGGUUCCUGGAGAUCAACCGCCACGACUGCUUCGCCGCCUGCCUGUAUGCCUGCUACGACUUGCUGCGCCCAGACGUCAUCCUGGAGCUGUCAUGGAAAAACAAUAUCAUGGACUUUGCCAUGCCGUUCUUAGUGCAGGUCAUCCGCGAAUACAUUGGACGUGUUGAGCGUCUGGAGACAAAGGGAGAGGAAGCCGAGAGCGAGAAACAAGAACAGCCAAUGAUGAUGAAUGAACCUCAAUUGAUGUUGACCGCUGGUCCUGGAAUGAUUCCCGGAGCUGGUAUGAUGCCCGGAGCCGGUAUGAUGCCACCACAAGCACAAGGCAUGCCAAUGGGUGGCAUGCAGCCUAAUGUAAUGCCUGCUGCUGUCGGUGGCUUCCAACCACAAGUAGCACAACAAGGCUUCAUGUAGACAUCUCUUCAUCUCCUGUUCUUGUUGUUAUUAUUAUAAUAAUAGCUAUUCAUGUUAGGCUGUGAUAUUUUCUUGUUUCUUGUUGUUGCUGCUGCUGCGAGGUAUGGCAGCACCGCUUUGUUACCUCUGUAAGACCGAUUGCUUUUACACGUGCUGCUAGCUCGACUAUUGUAUGUUUGAUGAUAAGGAUUGUGCUAUUUUGUGGCCAGUGUUUGGUUUGUCCUUUUCGCCAUCGUGUCUCAGUCUUUGAGCUCGGCUAGCUACCGCUGGUGCUUUGUGAUUCUUCUCUGCUUUCUGCGCUGCCGCCACCUCUUUCUUCUCCUGUUGUGUCAUUUAGCUGUACCUACGAUCUUGUUUUUUUGGUUUGUCGUUUCUAUGACUGGGCGUUUCUAAUAUUUUCUGCAGUUGCGGCGUUCAGCUGUUGUAUCAACUAGCGGCAACGGCAAGCGAUCAUAGUGCCCUUACUUGCAUUUAAGUUUCUUCUUCCUUGUUGUUUUGUUAUCUCGCACUUGCGCCUUGUAGUGUUGCUACUGCUAUUACUGCACCAAAGGUUUGUGGUCUUUGUCACCGGCCCAUUUAACGAGAAUUUCUAUUCGACUUACUCAUGUAUGUCCUUCAAGCACACAAGCAAUUUAGAAAGCCCUCUGACCGCUUGAUGUUUGUGUUUUUACUGAUUAUUAUUUGGCUCAUGCCCGUCUCCUAUUAUUAUGCGCUAUGGAGUCGUACUGAGUGAAAAGAGAAUACCAUUAUUGGCCACCGA